AGCGUCUUUAGCCGCGUCUUCUCUCCGCCAAUGAUGUUGGUGCUUUUGCGCCUGCGCUCCCCGCUCCCGCUGGCCUCGGUUGUCAGGCGCCAAGUAUAGAGAGUAGCUGCGGGUUCCCUGGGGCCGGACCCGGGCGGGAGCUAUGGACGAACUGUACCUGGAGAAUAUCGACGAGCUGGUGGCUGAUCAGAAUAAGAUCGUGACGUACAAAUGGCUGAGCCACACGCUGGGCGUCCAUGUUAACCUGGCGAAACAGAUGCUGUACGACUACGUGACAAGGAAGCGGAAGGAAAAUGGCAACGCACAGGUGCACGUUACUUACCUGGUGACCGGGAAAUGUCUGCAGGACGGUUACCCUUUUCACAAAGUGGCCGUAGUGAAGGAGGAGAAGCUUGCAGCCACUAAGUCUAAGCUUGCGGAGGUUGCCAGCGUCCAUGUGUAUAGCAUCCAGAAAGCGGCUCUGAAGGACUGCGCUCCCCUCUUCAACACUGACUAUGAUAUCAUCAAGAACAACCUGCACAACUGCAACAAGUUUAGUGCCAUUCAGUGCCCAGAGGCCGUGCCCAGGUCCCCAGAGGAAAUCUCCCAGCUCCUAAAAGCAAACGCCCAACCAACCGGAGAAGCAAAUGUUACAGCGAAACCUGCAAUCAACGGGCACAUUGCUGCCCCCGCCCCAAAGCCCACAUCCAAGCAGCCUAAAGGCAUUAUGGGAAUGUUUUCCCAACAAGCUGUCAAACAGCAGGAAACGCAGAAGGAAAGCAAAGCCGAUGCCAAGGAACCAGCAGCGACGGCAUCGAGUGGCAAAGCCCCUGCCAAGGCGCAGACUGUGAACAACUUCUUUGGGAAAGCGGCUUCAUUAAGCAAAAUGAAAGAAUCUGCUAAUGAAGCCAUUAAAGAAGAGAAAGCUGCAUUGGUGCCCCCCGCCCCAGUCACCGCCGAGCCCCCAGCGGCUAAACCUGUUAAAGCUACAGAGCCAGCAAAAGCCCCGGCUAAAGAGAAGAAAAGGGGGAAGCGAGCGGAAAUGUCCGACAGUGACGAGGAGAAGGUGGUGAAGAAGAGGAGGAGGAUUAAGCAGCCCACGAGCGACAGCGAGGAUGAGGAUGGGCCCCCUCCCUGCGAGAUAAAAACGCCUUCUCCUCCUCCUCCCUCGCCCCCGGCUCCCGCGCUUGUCCCGAAGUCCGAGGCCGACUCCCAACCCCAGCAACAGCCCGGGGGUAAGAGGAGGAAGAGAAGGCGAGUAUUAAAGUCCACAACAUUCAUGGAUGAAGAAGGCAGCAUUGUGACAGAGAAGGCCUAUGUGAGUGAGUCUUGCACUGACAGUGAGGAGGAGUUCACCAAACCCAAACCGGCGGCUGCCCACAAACCAUCAGUUAUGGGAGGAGCAAAACACGAGAGCAAAUCGGAGGCAAAAUCCUCUAAAAAGACCUCGGUGGCGAGUAAAGGCACCAAGCAAGCCUCCAUCAUGGGGUUCUUCCAGAAGAAGUGAGGGGGCCGCACCGUGACUGUAUUUUCUAUAGACUCCCCCCGUCUCAUUGUAGCAGCGGGUAACGAGGAGGAGGGGGGAAUUUUUACCGGUAAGUUCCUUGUAUAGAAACAGAACCCCUCCCCCCAAGCCUGACCCAGGAGGAGACUGUAAUACGGAUCAGACCAUUGGUUUUAUAUCGCUGUGUCCUUCCCUCGUUGCUCCGAUUGGCUCCAAAUCAACUGUUUGUGGCUCUUGGUUAUAAAGAGCCAAUUACGUGGCUGUUACUCACAUACAGGACUUGGGGUCCCUCCAUAAACUCCCAGGACUCACAGCGGGACCCCCCGACUGAGCGCUUGUUAUAAAUAAAUAAACGUUGUUAUGUUAUUCUGAA